CUUCUUUUGUAAUCUUUUUCCUCUUCUUCUUCUUCUUCUUCUUCUUCUUUGUUACUUUUUUUUUUCUGUUAUAUAAUAGAAUGCCAUGCAAUCAAUUUGACGAUCAACAUCUUGUUACUACUUGGCUAGAUAAUAAUAACUUAUGGAACGAAAAAGAAUUAGUAGAGAAUCCAAGCCACCAACAACAAGGAAAUAAAGAAGUUGCAUCACCACUCUUAUCUAAUUUAUCGAGUUCCUUUAUAAAUACAGCUGUUUACUUUAAUUUGACAAAACAAGAUGCUUUAGAUAUUAUUGAAUAUAUUUUAUAUGAAUAUGAUGAUUUAAUACACAAUCAAUUAUUAGAUUGCUUUAUUUAUCAUCAUUUUUUAAUUCAUGUAAAUCAUAAUACUUCUUACUUGACUUUUAAUCCUCAAAAACGAACUAUUUCAGGUGUAUUCUUACCACUUACGCAUUGUUACUCUUCAUCUUGUCAACCAAAUAAUGUCACUUGUUAUUCACCAUUGUGCCCAAACAAGCGCAUAUCAAGUUUAUUACGUAUAGUAAAUCAUGAUUACGAAGGCAAUAUGGAUACCGAAAAUAUAAAUAGAUGUCUUCAUCAAAAAGUAUCAAAGGGUCAACAGGAACCUAAAGAAUGGAUUGAAUGUAUACCACGACACAUUCGGGACUCAACUAACAGAAAAGAACUAAAACGACAAGCAGGUAUUGCAGAGUUAAUAAUAACUGAACAAAACUAUUGUAAAGAUUUGGAUAUUCUACAUCAUAUAUAUGCUAUACCUCUUCUCGAAUCAAAGGAUAUAAUCACUAAUCCAUCACGAAGACAACGAUUUUAUAAUAACGUUUUUGGUAAUUAUCUUGAUAUCACUCAUCUUCAUACUCUCUUUUACAAUAAACUUAAAUCACACAAUCGUCAAUCGAGUUUUUUCGUGGGUCGAGUUGGGACAAUUGUUAUGCAACAUGUAACUCAUUUAGUAGAGCCUUAUAUUCAAUACGCAUCAACUCAUAUUAAGGCUAUCUUUUGUAUGACGAUAGAGUAUAAAAAUAAUCCAAAAUUUGCACAAUUCCUUGCUACUCAAGACGCAAAGAAAUCGACACGUAGACUUGGACUUCGACAUUAUUUAACUUCACCUACCUUAUGGAUCGGUAAAUUCAAGUUAAUGAUUGAAGCUAUUUUAAAAAAUACAGUCGAUGAUGCGGAUCAACUUUCUUUAAGGGCCUCUAUCGCCAUACUUCAUGAUACAUUAUGUCGUAUGAAUAGCUCUGCAAUAGCCAAUAGUUCUCCAGAAGAUUUUCGAUUUGAAGAGCUUUCAACAUCUAUUUAUUAUCAUCCAUCAGGACCUUCAGAGCUUCAAUUACUGACACUUCCUGAUAAAAGUACUUUGAUUCGAGAAGAGGCCAUUUGGCUUGCUCGCUCAAGUCAUCCCUUACAACCCUCUCUUUGCCAUCUCUUUUUGUUUUCACAUGCUUUAGUUCUUACUCAUCCAAAGGUAAUCAAUGGGAAAACAGAAUACAUUAUCAUCCCUGGAUCUCCUAUCCCUAUUCAGUUUUUAACCAUCAACACUUCAAAGUCUUCGUCUUCAGUCAUACGAAGGCUUUCCUUUGCAUCUACUUCUAUCGUAUCUACUCCGUUACAUUUAAUAAACAACCUUCGACGCCAAAAGAGUAUUAAUUCAGAGCCCUCUACUGUGACAACUGAAAGUGGUAGUAAAAAGAUAAUGAAAUCAUCUCGUAUUAACAACAACCAUAGUACCAUCACCACCACCACCACUACUACUACUACCACUACUACUACUAUUACUACACCAUCUACUUUGAUCAUGUUGAAUUUACCCCAACUUUCAUUGUCAUCAGAUAUUAAGGAUACACAACAAAUGGAUCAUAAGGCCCGACUUAUGCUCCCACAACAGAUUAGAACCAAAUUAUCCAAAUUGAAAAGUAAUUUCAAAAUGAAUACUACUACUACUCUCUCUGGCUUAUCGCAACAACAACAACAGCCAUCGUUCUCCAUGACAAGACGUGAUUCUGCACCUGCCUUGCUUUUGUCUAAUUUAAAACAAAGAUCAAGGGUUUAUUAUACUGCUCCUACUGUUGUGCCUCGAAUCAGUAACGCAACAACAAGUAGUAGAUCGACAACAACAACAUCAUCAUCUACUUCUUCUUCUUCUUCUUCCAGACAUAUUAUUAAAACAGCAACCUCUACUCAAUCACAACGAAGAACAUUCAAGGUCAGUCAUAUGGCUUACCCUGAACAUACCUUUAAACUUGAAUUUCUAUCGAGUUCAGAUAGACUCGUUUGGGAGAAUAUUCUACAUGAUAUCAUUAUGAAAGAAGUAAACUUGGGAAAUCAGGUUUUUAAGAAGAAAUUGGUUACUAAAUCUUUAAUACCAUUCUCUUCUUCUCUAAGUGAUGAUAUCAUAUCCUCUUCUAACGUAAGUACCGCUCUUUAUAAAAAUCUCUGUAUAGAUAGCAACUCGCUCAGAAUUAAAUGUGCUUAUGAUUUUGUUUAUUCAGAGCAAAAACCGGGUGGAUAUCAUGAACAGUUAGUAAUGUUUGGUACUUCAGUUGGGAUUUGGAUGGGUUCUCGAGAAGAUUGUAAAGGGUUUCGACUCAUUUUGGCUAAUCAAGAUGUACAUAAAUUAGCGGUAUUAGAUAACAAAGUGAUUGCCAUGAUUUAUAAGGAUAAGCAAUACAUGUUAAUAGCCUAUGGCUUAAAGUCUAUGGUGGAGGCCUUUCACUAUCCUGAUCUUCCAUCUCAAAUGCUCGACUGGUGUAUGAUCAAACGUGCCUCGGUUAUUACCUUUACUGUACAUAAAAUGCGAGAUCAAUUCUUGAUUGUCUAUCUUACAAGACGACUACAAACUACUUGGCUUGUUAUCAUUGCCUCUAACUAUGACGAAAAAUCAAAAACACCAUCCAUGUCAAAUAAAAGCCAUUGGUUUAAAAAAUAUAGAACGGAGUAUAAAGUGUCAGUAAAGGAUCCAACAGAGAUAUAUGUAAUUAAAGAUUCAAUCUUUGUUCGGUCUAAAAGAUAUGGUAUUGAACGUAUUGAUAUCUUUACAAAGCCUUCCACUUUUCUUUAUUCUUCUUCUGUUACCAAUUGGAUUUUUAAAGAACCUAAUACAAGCCUUAUUUCAAGUUGUCCUCAAACAGGUGGUAUUGUAUGUGACUCACAAUACGCUUAUUCCGUUUCUUUAUUUGAUAAACAUCAUCAAGCCCAGAUCGAUAGUAGAACUGCCAUACUAAAGAUUAAAUUUGAGUCUCAAAUUCAAAAUGCCACGUUAGUUUAUCCUUACUUGAUUGGCUUUUCGUCCUCCAUUAUAGAGAUUAGAAAUAUAGAAACGACGGAAUUAGUUCAAGUAAUAAGGGGUAACAAUAUCAAGUUCUUUUCUGUAAAUAAUAAUCAAACACAAUCUAUUUAUUUUACAAUGACUAAUAACAAUGGAGGAGGAGAUUCAAGAUUUAUUUCUAUUUAUCAACUACAGCAAUUACCAUUGUACAAUAAAAUACAAUAAUAGCAGCCUUUUUUUUUUUGUCUAUCUUGUUUAAUUAUGGAUUAAAUAGAAAAAGUAUUUUAUUUUAAAGUAUCAUUGAACAUACUUUUAUUUAUAAUUUUUUACUU